UCCCCGCCGCCCUCCUGCGCGCCGCCAUGAGCCGCUGCCCCGCGCUGCGCCUUCCGCGGGCCGCCGUCCAGCUGCGCCUGCGGCUCGGUGCCCCCGGGGCUGCGCGCUUCGGCGCGGGGCCGCGGACUGUGCAGAUCCGGGGCGCCGGGGCAGGGCGGCCCCGCAGCGUGCGCCUGGGCUGCGCGUCCGCCUUCUGGGGGGACACGGCGGCCGCAGUUCCUCAGCUCCUGUCUGGAGAGAAGCUGGAUUAUUUGGUGUUUGACUAUCUCUCAGAAAUAACCAUGUGCCUGCUCACUGCUGCCAAAGAAAAAUCUCCUAACUUGGGCUAUGUCCCUGAUUUCGUUCAGACUGCCAUGGCUCCCUAUAUAAAGGACAUUCAUCAACAAGGUGUCCGUGUGGUGAGCAAUGCUGGUGGCACCAACCCUCACGCGUGUGCGGCUGCCCUGGACCAGAUGGCCAGGAAGGCGGGUGUCGACUUGAAAAUUGCUGUUGUCACUGGAGACGACAUCUUGGGAGAGAAGGAGGCUCUGCAAAGGUCUGCCAUCAGCGAUAUGGAGAGUGGGCAGAAGUUUCCAGCCACCGUGAAAAGCAUGAAUGUGUACCUUGGAGCACAGCCCAUAAGCAGAGCCCUGGAGCUGGGUGCUGACAUAGUGCUGACGGGGCGUUGCGUGGACAGUGCUGUGGUACUGGGGCCUCUCAUUCAUGAGUUUGGUUGGAAAAUCAAUGAUUUUGAUUUAUUGGCAGCUGGAAGCCUUGCGGGCCAUCUCAUCGAAUGUGGUGCUCAGAGUACUGGUGGUAUAUUCACAGAUUGGCAUUUGGUGCCAGACUGGCACAAUAUAGGAUUUCCUGUUCUGGACUGUUUUCCGGAUGGGCGGUUCACCCUCUCCAAACCUCCUGGCACAGGGGGCUUGGUCUCCUUUGGCACAGUGGCAGAACAGCUAUUGUAUGAAAUUGGUGACCCCCAGCAUUUCCUCUUACCUGAUGUAACUUGUGACUUUUCUCAAGUUACCAUUACUGAGAUUCCAGGUAUUGAAGGUGGAGCAGUACAGAUUCAAGGAGCAAAGGGAUCUCCUCCUUCUUCCUUUCUUAAGGUGAGUGCUUGCUACCAUGAUGGUUUCAGAGCCACCGCAGUCUGCAUGCUGGGAGGGCCCAGAGCAAGUGAAAAGGGAAGGAGAACUGCGGAGAGUAUUUUGAAGAGAACCCGCCUUAUGUUUGAAGAAGCUGGCUUGGAAGAUUAUAGUGAAGUUCAUGUUCAAAUUUUAGGAUCUGAAGAAACAUAUGGAGCACAAGCCAAAGCACAUUUAAAUGGAGGUCCUCGAGAAGUUGUCCUUUGGCUGUCGGUACAUCACAAACAGAAGAAAGCAGUGGAAAUCUUUUCCAGAGAAGUUGCGCCCGCUGGGACUGGAAUGGCACCUGGCUUGACAGCAGCAGUGGGAGGUCGUCCAAAAGUAUCUUCCGUUCUAAAACCAUUUUUCUUCCUGUACCCCAAAAAGAAGAUUAAGAUUGAUAUCCACAUUAAUGGAGAACAUGUUGAAAGCUUUAAGGAAGAUUCCAUCUAUGAACUGGACAUGUUGGCUUCACCAAAUUUACCCAAGAUAGAGGAUGAUGUAAAAGGCAUGUUCAGGGCUGGGUAGUGGAACCCCCAGUUGGGUGCCCAAGUUACAGUUUGCAAGGAUCUGGAUUAAAACCCUCAUUCCCCGCCUGCAGGGAGAAGCUUCUCAAGCUGUCAAGCAGAGCUGUAGACGUUUCUCUUUCUUCCUCCCUCUCUAUCUCCCCCUUCCCUUUCAAUUUCUCUCUGUCUCUAUCGAUAAGUAAAUAGAAUAUAAAGAAUGUAAAGUGUUAAAGAAAGGGGUGUAUGCUCAUUUUCUCUACAUGGUGUUUUCCACCAGAGCAGUUAUCCUCUCCAGUGCUUCACUGCUGAUCUUUGUUGCGUUAGUUUUUGGUGUGUAGAUGAAGUGAUGUGGCCGUUAUGUAGGGCGCCUUGGCAGAAAAUGCUGUUGCGACUGAUCUGAGGUCAGGGCAUGGGUGUGGUGCAGAGGAAGGUUUUGCUCAGGCUUGACAGCCAAGUAGGUUGGAUCCAUAGAGGAAAACACAGAUCUCGCAAUUCUAGUCAUCUUGACUUUUUCUUGAUGACUGCAUCAGAGGGAGUGGUGGGCCAUCACAAAGUGGGUAGCUAGAAUUUUAAGAGACAAGAUUGCUAAGAAAUGAUUUUUAUCCCAACUGGAAGCAGAUGUAACACUCUAGGAGAGGUAAGCAGAAAGUCCAGAAAAGGCAAGUAUAUUAAGGGAAAUAGUCAUGAAUAGAAUAUUUGACUUGGCAAGAGAGUUUUAGAAAGCUGUCUUCUAGAGAUUCAGCCUUAGGAAGUGAAAAUAACCUCUUUAACAAUUGAAUAAUUCCCCAACAUUUUAUCCUUUGCCUUUUCAAUGUUUUGAAAUAAAAAAGGAAGGAAAGAAA